AUGUCGCGUAUGAUCAAGAUAGUAAUGAUGAUGGCUUUGGUACUAAUGGGUGUGAGGGCAAAAACUGUAACUGCUUCUGAUAAAGGGGUCAAUGAUGUAGACCAACGUAUCAUAUGUUUCAGAAACUGCGAUGUUGGUUGUGGCACUGACAAUGCCUGCCAUGCACGUUGUAAGAAGGAUUGUGGUUACCCACCUUUGAAAAGGGUCAAUGAUGUAGACCAACGUAUCAUAUGUUUCAGAAACUGUGAUGUUGGCUGUGGAACUGACGAUGCUUGCCAUGCACGUUGUAAGAAGGAUUGUGGUUACCCACCAUUGACAAGGGUCAAUGAUGUAGACCAACGUAUCAUAUGUUUCAGAAACUGUGAUGUUGGUUGUGGAACAGACAAUGCUUGUCAUCAACGUUGUAAGAAGGAUUGCGGUUACCCACCAUUGAUGGAUCUUCUCCAUCUAUGAUUUUGUUGAGACUUAGGAGUCAUGGGCUUGUGAAACUUAUAUUAUGUAUUUCUCUUUGUGAUUUAGUUGUUUGGUUUGUUGACUUUUUACAUGUUGGUGUUGAAAUUGGUGUGGAAGGAUUCUAUAUAAACAUACUAAAGUCUAAUGAAGAGAUUAUUUUAUGAAAUAAA